AAUGAGAUCGGAACAAGAGACCGGAAAUUUAAACGCAAGAUAUAAAAACUGGCCGUCGUCUUAUAGUGUUCUCCCAUUAUCAGAGAAAUCCUCCUCAGAACAUUCCAUAUCACCUCGUACGCAAGAUGCGCUCCUCCUGGCUUGCCAUCGUUAUUUCUUUGUCAGCAUCUAUGCUUGUCAGAGCAUCCGAAGAAUGUAGCAUAACAUAUUGCAGAGUAACAUCUGAUUGCUGCUACGACACCAUGGAGUGCGUAUUUGAAAACGUGAGUAUAAGCACGUCACUGUGCUACCAGGAUUCAGCGCUCAGCCACAUGACUUACCUGCACGGCAUAGGAUAUCUAUGUCUGUUUGUCCUAGGUUGCAAUUUCGUGAUGAGUGAAGAAUGGGAUGAGAGAUCGAGUAUUUGAGCGAGUGUUCUGUAGUAAUGACAAAGAGAGCCUAUUCCAAACGUGGAUUCCAGACCUGAAAAAC